UCCGGGUAUUUCAAGGCCACGCCUCUUCUGAAACACUAACAGGAAGUAAAGGGAUUACGUUUUUAGUUGAGAGAGCAUGACAUAAACCCUAAUCCGUGUCAUGUAUAUUUAAUUAUAGCGAUCAGAAGAGUAAACUACAGCUUUGCUUUUCUGCAUUCUCGCUGUUCAUUUUUCUUUUGUGAGACCAAUUGACGUGUGAUGAGGUGACAGCAAAGGAACCGAAGGUGAAGACAACACACCAGCACAAGUGGUUUAACUUGGAUAGGCUACUGGUGGAUUGACACACACACACAGAGGACAUGUGGUGGUUCCAGCAAGGUCUGUGUAUUCUACCAGUAGCUCUGGUAUUAUGGACGACAGCCACGUUCAUAUUCGAUUACAUCACAGCUGUGGUGCUGAGACAUGUGGACCCACUGGUGCCAUACAUCAGUGACACAGGGACAGUUGCCCCAGAGAGAUGUGUGUUUGGAAUCAUGCUGGACGUGUCAGCAUUCCUAGGUGUAGCCACCAUGUAUGUACGCUACAAGCAGGUCCAAGCCUUGACAGACGAAGAGGAGUCAAAGCUCCAUAAACUCAACGUCUUGGGCCUGGUGCUGGGAUGGACCAGCUCCUUUGGCAUGUGCAUCGUUGCUAACUUCCAGAAAACCACUCUGUUCUUCAUGCACCUGGUGGGGGCGAUAUUGACGUUUGGUGUGGGGGCCCUGUACAUCCUGGUGCAGACGCUGGUGUCGCUGUACAUGCAGCCUCACGUCCACGGGAAGAGUAUAUUCUUGGUCCGACUCAGCAUUGGAGUGUGGACCUUUGCCAGCAUUAUCAGCAUGUUUGUGUCAUCUGUCAUCAUGUACAGCAGUCUGCCUGGAGUGGACGUGGCCCAUAAACUGCACUGGAUACCUGGAGAGACGGGCUACAUCCCUCACAUCAUCAGCGCCAUCUCUGAGUGGUCUCUGGCUCUCUCCUUCGUCAGUUUCUUCCUCACCUACAUCCGAGACUUCCAGAAAAUAACGCUGCGGGCAGAGGCGGACCUACAGAGUAAUCACAUGUAUGAUUCACCACACUACAGCAUCACCACACCUCCCAACCAAUCAGAGACCUCUCCUUUGCUGGCAGGGGGCAUCUGAACAAGACCACUCCUAGUAGUGUGGUGGAGUCGAGCUGUAAAUGUCAACAUACUGAAUGGAAUAAAUGAGAUUAUAAUGCGGAUGGUUCGAGCCUGAAUGCUGAAAGCCGUGGUAUAUUAGACCGUAUACCACAGGUAUGACCAAAAACAUUUGUGUUCUAAUUUAGUUGGUAACCAGUUUAUAAUAGCAAUAAGGCACCUCGGCGGUCAGUGGUAUAUGGCCAAUAUACCACGGCUAAGGGCUGUGUCCAGGCACUCUGCGUUGCAUCAUGCAUAAGAACAGCCCUUACCCGUGGUAUAGUGGCCAUAUACCACACCCCAUCAGGCCUUAUAGCUUAAUUAUAAACAGGGUGGUUCGAGCCCUGAAUGCUGAUUGACUGACAGCUGUGGUAUAUCAGACUGUAUACCACAGGUAUUACAAAACAUUUAUAUCUACUACUCUAAUUAUGUUGGUAACCAGUUUAUAAUAGCAAUAAGGCACCUCAGGGGUUUGUGAUAUGGCCAAUAUACCACGGCUAAGGGCUGUAUCCAGGCACUCUUCGUUGCAUCACACAUAAGAACAGCCCUUAGCCGUAGAAUAUUCGCCAUAUACCACACCUCCGCGAGCCUUAUUGCUUAAAUAUAGAAUGCUGAGUGUGCGAUCAACAAGCACUAAGAUACUGCUGAUAAGCCUAAUUCUUAGAUACAGUAGAAAUGCCACACGCCCUUCUAAACUGACAUGCCUUUUUGAUGUCAACUGCACUAUUUUCACUGACAUUUGGUUCUUGUGUUAUGAGCGGUACAUAUUUUUAUUGGGCCUAAGGGCAUCAUCUAACAAAUGUCAUCUGUGGUGUGUAAAGGUUUUCAUACCUUGUACUUUUUUUAGUGUUCAGAACACAACUAUGCUAUUCUUAUCAACCACUGGAUGGUGCCAAAGAGCCAGCAACAUGUUUGGUUCUGCUUUCUUACAAGUCGAGCAACCCCCUCAACACAAAAAUAGAUAUGAGCAUUUGUUGCGUGAGCUUACGUUGGUUGUCUUUCAUGAGAAUUUAUAUUAAGUGGUUUGAAGCAAGGCACUUGAACUAAUUAUCUAAAAGUAUAAUGAUGCAUUUACUCUACUUCACUUGUGCUUCGGAAUGCUAAGUUAUUGUGCUCUGGCUGUGAAGCCCUCUGUGUUAAUGUAGGAGAAUAAGGAAAUAAGUGUGUUUUGCUUUAGAUUUGAUCAUUACUGAAUGGAUUGUAUUUUUUGUUACUUUUCUAUUUGGUUUUGUGCUUUUCUGUUUCUUCCCCAAUGAUGAUUUAAAUUACUUCCAUACAGACCCAUUAAAAAGUAAUGAAUUCACAUCUCUAACAUUGAAUGGAUAAAAUAUAGGGGAUAUAAGCAGGUUUUACAUUUUACUGAAUCUCUGGUUAUUAAUUUUGUUUCUACUAAAAGUGAAUUUUGUUGUAUAAAAAAAAUGGCAGCUGGCUACUUGUAUUUGCACAACAAACACUUGUCUCAAAUACAUCAUUACAGUUGUUGGUUAGCUAGUGAAUUUUAGCCAUAUUAGCAUUGAUAUGAAUUCAGUCAAAACACAUCAAAACAUGGUAUCAAGAACAAGAUGAAACGAGUCACAAUUCCCCACAUGGCAGUUUCUUGUCAUUGUUGGUAGCCAUCUGGCCAUCCAGAAUUACAACUCAUGGACUUCUGCCCCAUUGAACUGUGAGGAUCUUUUGUGUGACGUUGUCAGCUAACUCAUCUAUGAUGCUCUGGUUAUUCAUUUGUUUUCUACUAAAAGGUUUAUUUUGUUAAAUAAAAAAUGGCAGCUGGCUACCUGUAGCCACCUGUUUCUAUGACCACACUGGAGGUGUGUGGAGGAGGUAUUGCCAUCAUUGCUGUUAACUGACAGGGAAAUAUUUUAGGCAAAUCUGAUGUUCCAUGUUUCCUAAUAAACGGUCACAUCUGCAGUAACUACA